AAGUAACGAAGAAGAAGAAUGUGAACAAGGAAGUCAACAUUUUACAGGAAGCCAGCGUAAGCUGCCUUUUGUUUUGUUUUUUGUCUUUGUUUUUCUGUGCCAUAUUGACGGACAUUUACCAUCUGGUUGGUUAGUUAGAUAAGUUAAUUGUUUAUAGUUUCUUUCAAUUGUUUCUAGUUACAUUUUGUGCUGUGUGACAGUCGGGGACAUUUGGCGUUAGCUGAGAGCUAUCUUUACAUGCUAACAACAGAGCUAACACAGGCCUGAAGGCCAUCUGUUCAUUGUUUGCCCGUCACUCAGCUCCACAUCCUCUUUUUGAUUAAAUCACCAUUUUUUAUGUUAAACAUCUUUGGGUAACAUUAGAUAUAACAGUGAUCGAUCCGGCGGCUGUGCUGUCACCUAUACCAGUGCCAGGUAACGUCAGCUGUGCCGGCUAAAAGGGCUUAUUUGGCUAGUCCGUUGGUUGACCUUACUGACGGAACUGUAAACAGGGGUACAAACGGGACAUCGCAGCAGAACAUAAGGGUAGUGGGUGACUAUGUAUGCCCCGCCGGGUUCUAACGUCCCUGGAGUCCGGAGGAGGAGAGGCGGCACCUCUCUGCCUAAGCAGCCGGAGCGGAGCCUGGUGUCAGCGCUGCCCGGAGCCCUGUCCAUCACUGCGCUGUGUACGGCUUUAGCGGAACCAGCCUGGCUCCGGGUCCAUGGAGGCACCUGUCCGAAACAAGAACUGGGGGUGGCUGAUGUACUGCGCUACGUUGACCCCGAGCUUUUGGAUGAUUACUGUGUGAACACACAAACCAUUUUACUGCUGAGGGUGAUUGCUGCCUUCUGUUUCCUGGGCAUCCUGUGCAGUCUAACUGCUUUCCUUCUAGAUGUGUUUGGACCCAAACAUCCAGCUCUCAAAAUCACGCGCAGAUAUGCAUUUGCGCAUAUCCUCACAGUGUUGCAGUGUGCCACAGUCAUAGGUUUCUGCUACUGGGCCUCGGAGCUCAUCCUGUCACUACAACAGCAGCACAAAAAGUACCACGGCUCCCUCAUAUACGUCACAUUCGCCAUCAGCUUCUACCUGGUGGCGGGGGCCGGAGGCGCCUCGAUUCUCGCCACAGCUGCAAAUCUUCUGCGCCACUAUCCGACUGAGGAGGAGGAGCAGGCUUUGGAGCUGCUCUCAGAGAUGGAGGACAGCAGUGAAACUUUUCCUGCUGAUUAUGACAUUGCCAAUCAAUUUCAGCCGCCGCCUGCCUACACGCCCUAAUGCUGCCAGACUGGCCUUCUUAACACACGCUUCUCUCUUAGCACGGCUGUCGGCUUGAUGAGCAAACCCACUCUAUCAAAUGGAUAUCUUCGCAAAUACUCUCCAUAAUGAACACAGUGUGCUCAGUUAAUGCACAAACUCCUUGACUGUCAGUGCUUGGGUGCAUGAAAGCUUUCUUUAGUGGUGGCGGAAAUUAAGGAGAUGAUUCUUACUUUCACCACUGAAGUCGUUAGUGAUUUGCAUGUAAAUGGCUUUUAGGAUUUGGUCCUUACAUGUAAAGCAAAUUAAACUGCAAGGAGUGCUCAACAUAGCUCACGACGAUGAGAAAUGAUAAAAUGGUGGAAGAGAGCUGCGGCCUGAUUAAUGCCAAUUUGUGAAGUUUGGCUGUUGGCAGAGUUUCAGCUUGUAUUGGUUUCAGUUAGACUUGAAUGGAGCUUUGUUAAGCAGAAUUUUGAGUAUUUGAUAUGCUUGCCAUGUGUAUGAUUUUACUUUACUGAUAAAUCAAAAAUGCAGAACUACACUGACAAGUUUUAGACAUUUUUUUAUAUAUAAUAUCAAAAGAACCAUUAUUUAUUAAUUGGUCAUUUCUGUUUUGUCUUAUUUCCAUUCUUUUGCUUUGUAGAUUUUUGUCACUGGUUUAGUCUUAUUUAAUCACAUCUGUAUUUGUUGGAAAGAAAAACACAUUUGAGACAGGUUAUUGCGGUGUUUAAAAAAAAAAAAAGGAUCAUUGUAUGUGUUGUGUGUUGAAAGCUAAUAGCCACGGAAAAAUUGGGAAAUGUCUUAUGUUUCACAAUUAGAAUACCAUUUAGUAAAUGAAACCUCACCACAUAUAUUAGUCUCGUCAUGUUCUUGUAUUUGAUUUGAAAAAAGAAACCCUCUUUGUGCUUUGUGGUUAUCAUAUGUGACAGUUUCAGUAUGUUUUUUUUAUGCAUGAGUUGUUUUGUGUGCUGAUUUUAAGCCUGCAGACGCCUUAGUGGUCAGUCUUCUAAGAUGCAGAGGCUCAAAAUUGUGAUUGAUGUGGUGAUUCCAGUUGGUUGUGUAUUGUUCUGUUAAUGCCAUUUCUGCAUUUUGUUCCUUGGAUUGUUGCUAUACUUUCAUCAUCAGUAUGUAAAUAUUGAUUGUUUAUACAUAAAAGUGGUCAUAAUAAAAAAUUAAUGCCCUA